AUGUCCUCCCCACUUGCGCUGCUUCGCGGCCAAAUAGAGGCAGCAGGUGUCCCCUCUCCGGAGGAAGGCACUCUCCUCGCCCUUCUCGCAGCAACGGGCGACGACCCGGCUGCUGCGUGCAGGUUGGUCCUUGAUGACCAUAAUGCCUCCAGUGGGCCAGCGUCGACGUCGAGAUCAUCAUCGUCUGCAGUUCCAAGUCGACAAACAGCGCGCGCCCGUCGUCAACCAAUGCACUUUGCCGAGGCUCAAGACGAGCAGACGUACCAAGCCCUGCUGCACGGCUACGAUUAUCGUGUCGAGGAUUCCUCCUCGUCCGGCUUACGCAGACGCCCCGCAGCAGCCGCCGCCGCCUCGCCUCAUCAUCAUCAUGGAGGCCCCCGGCGCAACGGUAGUGCAACAUUCGCCGAAGGUGGCAUCCUAGCCUUACUCCUUCAGGGCGUCUCUUUACCCUUCUCUCUCCUCCACUCCCUCCUACUAGGCCUCGCACGCCUGCUCCGCCUUCCCGACCUCUUGGCGGGUAUCUUCCCCGCGUGGGGGCGAAUUGACGACCAGGAUCGAGAUGGACGCGAGGAGGAGGAGGGGGAAGGAGCGAUCCUAGCUGCAGAACAGUUUGCAAUACGUCUCGCCGAGGUGGCGGCGGAUGCGGGAGCGGGCGAGAAGGGGGACGACGACGACAACGCGGCAAGCCUGAGCCGGCAAGAGGCGGAGAAGGAGACAAGCAUGGCAUCACCUCCUCUGCUAACGGGCAGGUACAACUCAGCAAUCCAAAAGACAAAGGACGACCUAGCCAUCCUCCUCGUCGCCUUGGUAUCGGGACAGAAACGCAAAGAGGCGGAGGAACGCAAUUUCCUGCGUGCAUUGACGCAUAAAGACGUAGCAACGGCCCUUCACAGCCAUACCGUAGGGCGCGACGAGCAGCAGCAGCAGCAGGAGCCUGGCUUUCCCCUCUACCUCUGGGGCUCCACGACUCUUCGACGAGAGGGGGCCCUCGUGUCCCGCCAGCUGGGGGCGACCCGUCUCCCCCAGCUGGUAUGUAUUGCCCUGCACCCUACCUCCCCCAUCUCCUCCUCAUCAUCAUCCCCGCACCUCCGUCUCGUCUCCCGUCUCGUCUCCCCCUCCCUACUCUCCUCCCCUUCAGCCCUAGCAGCCUGGAUAAACCAGGACUGUCGCGCCCGCUGCUCCCCUUACCUCUCCGGACUGGCAGCAGAGCGCGUCGCGAGAGAGGCGGAGCGACGCUUAAUGGCAGAGCAGGAUGCGGCCUACCGCGAGGCGGCUAGGGUCGAUGCGGAGCGGGUUGCGAAGCGGAGGGAGGAGGAGAGGGAGAGGAUGAUGGUGCAGGAGGGGAGGGUGGAGCGGGAGAAGAGGAGGAGGGAGGAGAGGAGGGAGAGGAUGAGGUGGAGGAAGUGGGUGAGGCAAGAGGUGUUGCCGCCUCAGCCACUCGAGGGGCAGGGGACGACGGCGACGACAACGACGAUACAUGCGGCUCUCCCCAACGGGAAGAGGAUGGUACGCCGUUUUGCAGUCGAGGAGCCGGUGGAGCACGUUUACCUCUGGAUUGAGGUGGAGGGCCACUCGGCACCAGACGAAGAGGAAGAGAAGGAUGAGGAUUCAAGCUCCUCGACUCCUGCUCCACGCUCAUCAUUAUCGCCCCUCCCCUCCGCCGCCGCUGCCGAUCCACACUACACCUUCAUCCUCUACUACGGCUACCCACGAAAGGCCCUCAGACCCGACGACUUUCGGCUGCCCGAUGCCGCUUCAACUGACGAGGCGGCCGGCGCCCCAGCAUCCGCAUCCAUGUCGCACAUCCCGCGCGGCUUGUGCAUCAAGGACAUCGAAGGUCUCUCCCCGCGGGCGAAUGUGAUUGUUGAGAGCGCGAGGACUAGGGAGGAGGGGAGUGGGAGUGGGAGUGGGAGCAGCAGCAGCAGUAGCGGGGAAAGUGACAGCGAGGAGGAGGCGGAAUGA